UCGACCAAGUCGCCCACUCUCCCCCCUCCGUUUCCCCCUCUCCCAGUCUCACCAUCUCUGCCAGGACGAGGGAUAGCGAGAGAGCGAGAUCGGGAGGGGAAUCAUGGCCGCCCAACGCAGCACCACCGCGAGCUUUCUCCCCAAGGCGGAUGCGGGCAUCCUUCGAUUCCUGAGGCAGCCAGCACCACUCCAGCAACCGCGGCCCACGACGAUUGGCCCGAUCUUCGACCCCGACAACCUGGAUAAGCCAAUCAGCGCCCUGACCCCAGCGAUUGAGGCGACUGUUUACCCUCAGUUUACUAGUAGUAGUGAUAGUCCACCCACCUCCACGAUAUGCGACAAACCUGCGGCCUUCGUGGAUCCGGAUCGGUACUUGCGCGCCUUUCUCGCGGACAAUGAGAGACUUCGAUUGUCCAUGCUGUGGUACUACACCCGCGGGGUAGAGGCCGAAGACGAACUGCUCGCCGGGCUCCAGGAGAAAGCCGAUCUCGCAAAGGAAUGCACCGGGUGGCAGUUCUCGGUCAUUGGCAUUCUCGACGUGGAUGUCUAUAUUCGCCUGGCGACCCACGGCCUGCAACUCGGCAUCCUGCCCCGUGGCGAGACCCUCUGUGCACAUACCGUCACUCGACCUCCUGGUAGCGUGUUCCUUCUCCCGGACCUCCAAGAGGACUGGCGGUUCCGGGCAUGCCCAUACCUCGAACAAGGCGGCCUCUACGCGUACGCCGGGGUGCCGCUCCGCCUGCAGCACGAGUCCGGCGUCACGGUGGGGCUCGGUUCGCUCUGCGUGGCAUCGAGUCAAGCCGAGGACCCUCUCACGAAAGACCAGCAGCAGGCGCUGGUCCGCUUGGCCGACUGGGUGGUCUCGGAUCUAGUGCAGUGUACCCGAGCACGACGCCAGCGCGAACGGCAGCGAAUGUCCGACCUGCUCACGACGGCGCGGAUGGAACUAGAAAAGGGGGUCUCGGCGGAUCCGGUGUUUCGGAUCCUCCAGACGAUCUAUCCCAAGGCCGUCGUCAAAUCGCAGCCCACGACCGCAACGCAUGUCGAGAUGGAAGCACGCAACCCGCUUCUCAUGUCCGACCUCGAAGGCGGCCUCUGGGAAGAUAUCGAGUACCUCGAUGCCCUGAUCGCAGAGGCGAACCACCAGCCUCUCCCGACGACCAAAACCGUCCGCGUCCUGGCCGCCCCCUGCGAGAGCGCCAAUGGCCCAGCGUUGCUCAUGGUGGGCACCAAGGACUUUCAGCACAUAUUCGACGACGUGGACUCGUGGUUCGUGCAGAGCUGCGCGGGCCUGAUCUCGCAACUGUGGCGCAAUCGACUCCUGGCGGAGGCCAUCAAUGCGAAAGAGAAAUUCCUCCGCGGGAUUUCGCACCAGCUUCGCACGCCGAUUCAUGGGAUCCUGGGUUCCGCGGAUCUUCUCGCUGAGGAACUGGAAGCAGCUUGCGGGGCCGGCGCUACGGAUGACGCCCUCGCGGCGCCAACGGCCACGGCAGGCCAGAAGACCGGGUUCCUGGGGGUCGCGGAAUACUCCAGAUAUCUCAACAUCAUCAAGAUGGGCGGCCGCGAUCUCAUCGCAAUCGUCAAUAACAUGAUUACCCUGAACCGAUGGGUGGACAUCGCCCUCACCGACCGACACUACGCCAUGCACAGCAUCGACAAGCUCGAGACCGAGCUCCACACGGCCAUCUCCGCCCUGACCAUCGGCGACAUACGGUAUAGCUGUGCCCUCGUCUUCACGCACGACGUCCCGCCCGGCUUCGAGACCUUCUGGAUGGACAUCGAUGUCCUCCGUGACAGUCUCCUUCCCAUCGUCUACAACGCGAUCCAACACACGCCGGAUGGGGUCGUCUCCGUCCAUUCCACCGUCGAUCCCGAAUCCAAGCAGCUGACCAUCGACAUCCGGGAUACGGGCCGGGGGAUCCAGCAAGACGAUCAACGGCGUAUCUUCGAAGCCUACGAGAAGGUCGACGCGCAUUCCGCGCGAGCGGGACUGGGUCUGACGCUGGCAUCUCGAUUCGCGACGCUCUUGCACGGCUCGGUGGCGUUGAUGUCUUCGGCGAUUGGACGGGGCUCGCACUUCCGGGCGACGUUCCGUGACCUCGAGUGUGCUUGUAACGCGGACCGAACGCCGCCAUCGCUGGCCUCGACGUUGGAGAGUCUUCCCCGGAGUUUCUGUAUUCUGAAGUCUCCGACUCGCGCUGGGUCGAGGCCCAGGUCUCCUGCUUUAUCAACGUCGUUGAGCGACCACUUCGCGUCAAUCCUCACGCGCAGUGGAUUCACGCCAUCCAACUCUCUCGAAAAUUCCUUCGUCAUCGUGGACGCUCCGCCAGACACCGAGGCACACCACACGCGUCUGUCCCAGAUCCCGGCGAGCACGGUCUGCAUCUCGCUUGCCUCCGGCCUGGAGGCGGAUUCCGACCCGCCUGUGCCUCUCGCACAGCCAUCGGCCAAGAACGUCCUCCACACCAGCGGGCCCUUCUCCGCGCAGACCCUGGCCUCGGUCCUCGAACGCGCCGACGCGCUCGCCGCGGAGAUAACACCGGUGGCGCCGUCGAACCCACCGCUCAGCCUGCCCACGCACCUGAAACAGGCCAACGACGACGAUUCCACCUCCGACUCGGACACCAACAUCCUGCUCACCCCGGGGGAAUCCUCCGAAGAAGAGACCACCGGCCGCGGAUCCUCCGGCUGCGUCCCGGCCACCCGCACCUCCUCCCGCCCGACCACCCUCAUCGUCGACGACAACAUCGUCAACCUCCGCAUCAUGGAAAUGUACUGCAAGAAGCGCGGACUGCCCCAUCUGACAGCCACCGACGGCCGGCAGGCCGUCGAGACCUUCCGACGCCGCCAGUUGUCGUCGUCGUCGUCGUCGUCGUCGUCGUCGUCACCCCCAAACACGGAGAACGAGCCCGACCUCCCGCCGAUCGAGAUCAUCUUCAUGGAUCUCCAGAUGCCGGUCUGCGACGGCGUCGACGCGACGCGCCAGAUCCGGGCGCUGGAGCAGGAGAACGACUGGGCACGGGCGUUGGUCAUCGUCAUGACGGGCCAGGAUACGCCGGCGGACAAGACGGCGGCGGAGGAGGCCGGCGGCGACGAGUAUUUCGUCAAGCCGGUGAUCUUGCGGCAGUUGGAUGGGGUGGUGCGUCGGCAUUUUCCGACGUUUGAGGUGGGGGGGACGUAA